GGCAGGAGUCCGCCGUGGCCCCAGAAUCCUCCGCGCGGAGGGGCCUGGUCUCCACCGGAAGUCCCGACCGGCGGCCACUCGAGCCCAAGUCUGGGACGACCAAGCCGAACGGCCGGUGGGGUCACCAUGAUUCUUCAGAGGCUCUCCCGGUUUUCCUCCGUCCUCCGCUCCGCCGUAUCCGUCCACCUGAGGAGGAACGUGGGCGCCUCGGCCGUGGCGUUCAACAAGCAGCUCGAUCCCAUCCAGAAGCUCUUCGUGGACAAGAUCCGAGAGUACAAAACCAAGAGGCAGACAACGGGCGGGCCCGUGGACGCCGGCCCCGAGUACCAGCAGGACCUGGACCGGGAGCUCUUCAGGCUGAAGCAGAUGUACGGCAAAGCGGACAUGAACGCCUUCCCGGAAUUCAAGUUCGAAGACCCCAGGUUCGAAGAAGCGCCGAAGCCUCAGGCUUGAAGAGAGUCCGGGGCGUCCAGGUGGCCGGCGUACGGCUUAAGCGCGGGGAACCUUCCGUCGAACCUUAAUAAACUCCCAUCUCCCCGCG